UCGAGUUUCAUUUGUGCUCCAUGGAGAUGAAGAAGAAAUGUUUUAGCACCUCUUUCAUCCUGCUGACGGUGUCAGUCAUGGGUGCCAUGCUGAACGAUGAGGUCCAUGAGGUAGGAAUCGAAGACGGUGCUGCAGUCAUCAAGUGUCAUUACACUGCAUCAUAUCAACCUUAUACUAAAUAUUUCUGUAGAGGAAUUUAUGAAGACUGCAAGACUCUUAUAAAAUCUGACAGUCGGAAUCCCUGGACGUUUGAAGGAAGACUGUCUCUGUUUGACGACACUGAGAAAAGCAUGUUUGUGGUGAACAUCAAUAACCUGAGCUUAGGGGAUCAUGGAAAGUAUGGCUGUGGAGUCAACAUAACAGAACAAGACCUGUUUACUGUCAUCCAUCUGACUGUGAGAAAAGACUCCAGUUUCACUACUGAAGAAAGGCCCAUUUCAACAGUGACAAGCAGACAAGGAAAUGCAUCAGACAGCACAGGAAGUUCAUCUCAGCCCACGGUGUCUAUUUCACUUUCAGACACAACUUUGCCCAAUUCAACAGAGGACAUGGAUGUCCACCUCUAUGAGAAGACACAGCGCAGCGACCCUGCAGAAGAAAAUGCCUCAGAAACCUCAGACAGAAUGUCCGGUCCGAAUCCUUCUCCAGCAUUGAAGACAAUAUACACCACAGCAUCCAAUCACAUGCAAGAACCACACCUUAGUACCUCUUUAUCAACCAAUCAUGUGUACUGUAGUACCUUCGCUAUAGCGCCACAACAUCUUUUCUUCACUACACAACCCACCAGUUCUGCUCCGUCCUCCCUAACUGCUGGAGACUUUGACACCUUUUACGAUGAGAAGAUUGAAAACAAGUGCCAGACCUUCACUUCUACCUAA